AUGAGUCCCAGCGUGUUGACACAGUCCGCCGUCCCUCCGCCCUCUAGCCAGCGUUGCGAGCCUGGGUCCAUCAACCUCAAGGUCGCACAAUGGCCCAAGAGAGCCACGGACGGGCCAGUGGAUGCCUAUGGAACUGCCAAGGAAAUCGUCUUGAAACUCAACUCGUAUCUCGGCAAGGCCCAUUCGAGGGAGGCCGCCGAAGGUGUGGCGUCGCUGUUUAGCGACGGCGAGUGCUACUGGCGAGACCACCUUGCCUUGUCGUGGGACCUGAGGACUCUCAAGGGCAAGGAGAGUAUCGUUGAGUUCCUGCAGGACAACUCCAAUCUCCUUAAGGUCUCUGUGGACACCUCAUCACAGUGGCGUACGCCCAAGCUGGCGCCCAUGAACCCCGAGCAGACGUCCCAGGGUAUCGUGUUCUUCAUCACCUUCACUACGAAGCUGGGUUCUGGCCGUGGUCUCGUUCGCCUAGCUCAGGAUGGCAAAGGGUCUUGGAAGAUCUGGACCUUCUUCACGUCCCUGGGGGAGCUUAAGGGCUUUGAGGAACCGACCGGUCAGCGACGGCCAACCGGCGCGCAACAUGGCUACCACAGGGGUCGGAAGAACUGGCUGGAUAGAAGGAAUGAAGAGUCCAGCUUUGUGGACAAAGAUCCGGACGUUCUGAUCAUCGGUAUGGACUCCCAGUUCUGGGCUGGUCAAGGUGGCUUGUCUGCGCAUGCCAGACUAAAAAUGCUGAAUGUGCCGACACUUAUUGUUGACUUCAAUGAUAAUGUUGGCGACAACUGGCGAAAACGAUAUCACCAGCUUGUUCUUCACGACCCGGUCUGGAUUGAUCACCUUCCAUAUAUCCCAUUCCCUGAGUGGUGGCCUAUUUUCACGCCCAAGGACAAGCUGGCCGACUUCUUUGAAGCCUACGCAAAGUUGUUGGAGUUGAACGUUUGGACCAAGACAACAGUAGAGUCUGGCUCAUGGGACGAGUCUCAAAAGCGGUGGACUGUCACAGUCGGGAGGACACUGCCAGACGGGUCGACCGAAGCGCGAACUCUUCACCCAAAGCAUAUCAUCCAAUCAACAGGGCAUUCCGGCAAGGCUAACAUCCCGGAAAUCAAAGGCUGGGACUCUUUCAAGGGCGACAUCAUCUGUCACUCAUCCGAGUUCCCAGGCGCAAAGCCCAACAGCAAGGGAAAGAAGGCAAUCGUCGUCGGGGCCUGCAACUCGAGCCACGAUAUUUGCCAGGACUAUUAUGAGAAUGGGUACGAUGUGACAAUGGUCCAGAGGUCAUCAACCUGCGUCGUCUCAAGCGAGUCCAUCUGCAAAAUCAGUUUGGCUGUCGUCUACGAAGAGGGCGGCCCGCCGACCGAGGACGCUGACCUGAUGUCCUGGGGCACACCCGCUGAAGUGACAAAGGCAACACAUCUUGAAGUCACCAAGUUCCAUCAGGAAAAAGACAAGGCCACUCUCGAGGGCCUUGCCAAGGCGGGCUUCAAGACGGACAAGGGACCUGAUGACUGCGGCCUCUACAUCAAGUACUUCCAACGCGGUGGCGGUUACUACAUCGACGUCGGAGCAUCGCAGCUGAUCAUCGACGGCAAGAUAAAGGUGAAGCAGGGCCAGGAGAUCACCGAGGUGCUUCCAAACGGGCUGAGGUUUGCAGACGGAACUGAGCUGGAGGCGGACGAGAUCAUCUUCGCAACAGGCUACCAGAACAUGCGCACGCAAGCGACCGGCAUCUUUGGGGAAAAGGUCGGUGAGAGGCUGCGGGACAUCUGGGGCUUCGAUGACAGCGGCGAGUUCCGCGCCUUGUGGAGGGACUCUGGCCACCCGGGUUUCUGGUUCCACGGCGGCAACCUGGCCAUAUGCAGGUAUUACUCGAAGCUUCUUGCUCUGCGGAUUAAGGCCCAGCUAGAGGGUCUUGAAUGA